UUUUUUCCAGUUUUUUAUAUUUUACAUUUCUUUUUAAUGGCUUUUUUUAGUGAAAUACUAGUAAUUAUGAAAAAGCUGUUAAUUUUAUUAAUUUAUUUUUGCAUUUCUGUUACAAGUGUUUUCACAUUGGAAGAAAUAAAUUGUACGAUACAAAAUAAUUUUCUCGUAAAUAUUAGAAAUAAUCAUAAAGCCAACAUAUUUGAUGGGAAAUUGAGCAUUCAAUUUACGAGAGAAAAAUUCAAAGUCUAUACGUAUAAAAAUACGGAAGACGUUAAUUUUUUGAUAAAUGAAACGUAUGUAAAUUUUCAGGGACGAAUGCUAAUAGAUAAUUUAUAUGACAAAAUUAAACCAAUAAAUCAAAUUUUUCACACGCGAAUCUUGGGAGUUUCUGUCUUACAGGAUAUUUCUUGUUAUGACACUAUUCUCACACAGUGUCAAAUACUUUUACCGAGGAAUAAAACCGAUAGUCCCAAAUUUCCCUUUGAAGUGGAAAAUGAAAUUCUUCACUUGGCAGCGAGUUGUUUAAAUAUUGAGUUAACGGAAAAAAUUGGAAGCCUGUUGCCAAAGGAUUUUUCAAAAUCAACUGAUUUUUAUAAUUUUGGACCCCUUUCUGUUGAUUUAAAUCAUGAGAAUGGAAAUUCAUGCUCUAGUCAUUCAAUAACUGAGGAGAAAAAGAAAUUGAAUUCAAUGCAGUUGGCGCUGAAUACAAUUGUGGAUGUUGUAGUUAUAGAAGUGAAAACGUUUCUAAAAAAAAGAAAAAUGGAGAUAAUAAAAAUUCCAGACGUUUUUGAACCGUAUCAUGUAUUCACCGACACAUUUAUUCAAAUGGCAGGUUAUUUUCAAGCUACAAAUGGCACUUUCGAAGAUUUUUCAACAGUAAAAAGAACAAGUGAAGUUGUCAUUGAUCAAAGAAAUCAAAAGCUUUCAAUUUCAUUUGGCUUCGGACUCGACAGAGCAAAAAUUCAUUUUGGUUACUAUAAGGCAAAAUACGGUGUUUUAUCAAUGAGCGGAAAUAUAUCGGCAUCAGUUAAAACUAUUGAUGCUGAUGUCAAAUUGUCAAUGGAUUUCGAUAAAGAGCCAUGCAUAACAAGUUUGGAUGAUUUUCGCUUUUCGCAUUUCGAUGAUUUGCUAAUUAGUAUUUCCGGUAAUGUAAUACUUAGUCCCUUAGCGUCAAAGAUAGUGACGUCAGUUAUCAAUAAAUGGAGAACAGAGAUUGCUGAGUUUAUUGAAACAGUAAUUGGUCAACUUGUAACGUCUGAACUUGAUCAAUUCAAUUGUGAAACUUACAGAUCUGCUCUGAAUCCAGAAUGUUAGUUUCUAAUAAAAUAUUUACGUAUUUUAAUUAUAUGGAAAUUUUUUUUUUCUUUUCUUCAAUAUUUUU